CACAAAAUAUUUUUAUAGCGUAGGUACUGGUUGAUUGAUUUAUCGCGUAAAUUCCUGUUUAAUAUUCUUGAGGUGCAUGUUACGUCAGAGCCGCCAUGGGUGGUGACGAUAACAAAGCAUUAGCUUCUUUUGGUAGGAUUAACCAACAUGGUUCCCUGCUAGCAGAGUCUCCCUCGGCUCCCUCGUUGGUGAUUCUUGGCAGAGAAUGGCCAACGAGGGAAUCUCUGCUAGCAGGGAAAAGACAUGACGCAAUCUCAGCUGGAGACACGUGUGCAAGCAUCAGAAAAAGAGAUCAAGGAGCUACGAGUAAUGUUGGAGGAGAGAACUAGGGAUGUGUCUUUGAUUAAAGUUGACAAAAAUAAUCUUGAAAUGCAAAAGAGAGAAGCUGACAUGAAAAUUAUGGAGUUAACUAACAGCUUGAAGAACGAGACUGCCUUCCAACAGAUCGUCUCACAGAGGAACCAAGAGUUGGAAUUAGAAGUCAGACAAAUACAUCGCGACAAAACCUUAGGAUUAUUAUCACCAAGGCUUCCAAAUAAUCCACAACCCAGCCGUGAUCUAGAGGUAGUCUAUCCUGACUUGGCAGCAGAACGAAGCUUACAGCAAAAAGUCGAUAACAUUGCGGUGGAUAAAAUCCGUACUUUACACUCAAAGAAAGCACAGCUUGAAAUUGAGCUUGAAAAGGAGCGACAUGAAAGAGUCAAGGACCAUGCUGAACUCGCUCGACUUAAAGCCAAAUUAGCUGUCUACAGAUCAGUAAAAUGAUCCCACACAUUCUCCUUAUUGUACUUGUAAUAUUUUUUUAAUUCUUCUUAUUAUUUUUACGCCCGAAAUACCUCACAUAUCCGAACAUACUCAAUUGUUCAAAUAAGUUGUUUAUACUACGAAUAUAAUCUGGUAAUAAAUACAUUUACGAAUUACUUACAAACAA